CACAACACAUGUUUUAGAUGAUGGUUAAACCAAAUAUGAGCGUCUAUUUUGGGUUUAUAUAAGAGUGUCUUGACGAGUUGCUCUGAUUUUUAAAUACGUGGCUUGUCUUUCCUCGUAUAUGGUUAACUAAACAAUCUAAUGCACCGAUAACUUUUCAAUCCUUGUAGGUAAUGAACCGGACUUUCAGUAAAUGUCCUGCGCGCGCAGGUACUCUGUCGCAAAAUGUUUAAGGUCUUCUUGCAGCGGUUUACGUUAGUCAUUACAAUGAGGGGAAAGAAGGCAGUUUUCGUGGUUAUUUUUAUUUAAAUGUGUCUUUUGCAGACUGACUGACUCUCUGACUGUAUUGGAGGAUGGACCCUGUAGUGUUGAGCUACCGGGACAGCCUGUUGCGGCGCUCUGAUGUGUCUUUACUUGAAGGACCUUACUGGCUGAAUGACCAAGUCAUUGGUUUUGCCUUUGAGUACUUUGCUGCUGAGCGCUUCAGAGUCCUGGGCGAGACCAUCAUCUUCAUCAGCCCGGAGGUCACCCAGUUCAUUAAGUGUGCUUCUUGCCCUGAUGAGUUAGCCUUAUUUUUGGAGCCACUGGAUCUUGCCUCUCGUCAGUGGGUCUUCCUAGCUGUUAAUGACAACUCAAACCAGACCGCAGGGGGAUCACACUGGAGCCUUUUGGUGUACCACCACAACUCAAACCACUUUUCCCACUAUGACUCUCAAAACGGCAGCAAUUCACUACACGCACGGCGCAUUGCCAGCAAGUUAGAGCCUUUCUUGGGUGCAGGGAGAAAAGCACUGUUUGUGGAGGAGCCUUGCCCAUCACAGCAGAACAGCUAUGACUGCGGUAUGUAUGUUAUCUGUAUCGCGGAGGCCUUAUGCGAGAAGGCCAGGGUGGAGGGUUCGCCACGCCUUCCUGUGCAAAUCAUCACCCCAGCCUACAUCACCCAGAAGAGGGCUGAAUGGUGCAGACUGAUCCAGAGUCUAGCUCAGAAUGACCUCUGCUGCUCACUGUCUUUUCCUUAGCAUGUUGAUUACCCCUUACUAUAUGCAGAAGAUGUAUCAGCCUCUACAUAUCUACUGCUGGAGCAUCUGAAUUAACUCCUUGAAUACAGUAUAUAACUAUAUAUGAAGUAUAUUUCUAUUGCAGUCUCUGUCAUACUCCGUAAUAGGAAAAAAAAGCUUAAAAAGAUAAAGCACUGUUACAAAUCUUUAAUGAUUCUUUGAACACUUGGUGUCAUGUUUAUGCUUUGUAUAUGCACAGCAACAUACAAUAUAUAAACAAGAACACCAGCAUGCCUAUUUAAGGAAUUUACUCCCUUGUACAUAAGUGAGGAUGGAGAAGAUGUCACGUGGAAGACGAGGCACAGACUUUUCUUUUCCCCAUUAUAUUAUUUUGGGGCAAAUGUAGAAAUGUUUACAGAUUAUUGCUCAGGGUCAUUUUAAAUGAACAAGAAUUGACAAUAAGAAUGUGCAUCUUCACUUUGGCUCCUCCUUUAUGUUGUAUUUGUUCUGGUCAUGUAUUCAGUUUGAACAGUCUAUAACUACAAACUUUUAGUUUUGAAAUUGUAUGGAGGUAAGAAAUACUGUGCUGUGAGUGUUUAUGAGACAGGGCCAUAGUGAGUGGUGGUAGUGGAAUGUAUGUUAUCAUAAAAAGCGAGUAUUAAAAUUAAUUGUUGAUCUAAUAAACUUGACCAAUGUCAUGUUUUUGGUGACAAAACUGA